AUGCCAGUCCUCUCAAAAUGCAUCACUGUUCCUGAUGGUUAUGGAUAUGUUGUCCUGGCUGGCAUUGGUCAUGUUUUUCUUAACACUUGGCUGGCCAUGAAGGUUGUCAAUGCAAGGAAGAAAUAUAAAAUUGAGUACCCCACAAUGUAUAGUGCUGACAAUCAAGACUUCAAUUGCAUUCAGAGAGCACACCAAAACACCCUUGAGAACUACCCAACAUACUUGUUUCUCUUGUUGGUUGGAGGGCUUCAAUAUCCGAAAAUUGUGGCAGGAACUGGUGCCUUCUACAUUGUUUGCCGCAUAAUCUAUGCCAAGGGUUACUACACAGGAGAGCCUAAAAAUAGAAUAUAUGGUGCAGCAACCAGCCACAUUGCAGAAAUUGUUCUGUUGGGUAGUGUUGUUUCUUGGGCUUUCCAUGAGCUUCAAUGGGUAUCUGAAUAA